CUGAUGAUGGAGACCCUGGAAGAAUCUCAACUCUGCUUCCCACAGCUGCUCAACGCCUCCUGCAGAAAGCCGAAGAGUCCUCAGACAGGAGCUAUGCUCUUCUGCUUUCUCUGCUUCAUCGCUCUGCUCACUGGAGCUCUCAACCUGCUGGUCAUCAUCUCCAUCUCCCACUUCAGGCAGCUCCACACCACCACCAACCUCGUCCUCCUCUCUCUGGCUGUCUCAGACUUUCUUGUGGGCCUUGUGGUGAUGCCGGGUGAAAUCAUCUUAACAGAGACCUGCUGGUUCUUGGGUGACCUAAUGUGUGCCGUGUAUUAUUUGCUACCCUUCAUCAUUAUCUGUGCCUCAGCAGCAAGCAUGGUGCUCAUAUCAAUCGACCGCUAUGUGGCCAUUUGUUACCCUCUGCAAUACCCCACCAAACUCACUCCAAAAACAGUCAGAAUCUGUGUUUGUCUGUGUUGGAUCUACUCCCUUUUUGUUAGCAUUAUUCUCUUCUAUGACCACCUGAAACAACCAGGCAGGUACAAUUCUUGCUAUGGAGAAUGUGUGGUUAACAUUGCAGGAGAUGUGGACCUUGUUUUCAAUUUCAUUAUUCCCAUAUUUAUCAUUGUAAGUCUGUAUUUGAGAGUGUUCAUGGUGGCCGUCUCUCAAGCUCGGGCCAUGCGCUCACACGUUACAGCUGCCACAGUCCAGCGUUCACAGACUGUAACUGCUAAGAGGUCUGAGCUGAAAGCAGCCAGGAAUCUUGGUGUUGUUGUGGCUGUGUUUCUGAUGUGUUACUGUCCAUAUUACUGUGUCUCUCUCGUGGGCGGCAAAAUAAUGAUCGGCUCUUCAGCUGAGGCCUUGAUGAGUUUUCUGAUGUAUUUUAAUUCCUGUCUCAACCCUGUGAUCUACGCUCUUUUCUACCCCUGGUUUAGAAAAACUAUUAAACUCAUUGUCACACUUCAGGUAAUGCAGCCUGGCUCCUGUGAUGCCAACAUACUGUAG